AGUUUUGCAGCCUCCUCCUCAGUUUUACCUGCGUCCGUUUAUUAUCGUCUAUCCAUCGACUGACUCCCUGGCCCAAGCUGUUUCUCUCUCUCUCUCUCCCUCCUUCGUUCUCUCCAUUCUGUUCAAGGUUUCUUCCACUCUGAUACAGUGCACGGGCACCUUCAUUUUUUUGAAUCCUCAGUCAUUGUCACCGAGGAGUGUACAGAAAUACUAGCCUCACCCCUUCCCUUUCUUUCCCCUCUCGCUUCGCUCCUCUCGGGAAGCGGGGGAGUUGUUGCUGGUAUAGGGCGCUUGUUUUCCUUUGUGAGUGCGACAGGUCGCCAUGGCGGACAGAAAGAGUAAUACUGUUUCCACUACGGACGUUGGCAGCGCAGGUGGUAGCUCGUUGCGUGCGGAGCAGUGGAAAAUGCGAGAUGAAGGGAGCGGAACUUUAGGCACACCGAAGGCGGGUUUUGGAGCUCAUGAGUCAGAUACUAAAGAUUCUGGGAAUUCGGAGAACAUUAUUCCACUUUCACCACAGUGGCUGCUAUCGAAACCUGGAGAGAGUAAACCGACAGCUCCGUCUGGGGAUCCUCCUCGCGGUCCUGGCAUUCUCAGUCCAGGUCAUGGAGUGAAUGAUGCUCCUGGAAAAGAACGAUGGCGUAAUGUAGAAGGAAGUCCUCAGGAUCCGAAGAGAAAUAGAGACUGGUGGCGCACAAUAUCCAUGGAGCGCGAUAUGGAUAGCAGUCGAAGAGAGCGAUGGAGGGAGGAAGAGAGGGAAAGUAGCAAUAACCCUGCUCCUCGUCGAGAUCGAUGGAAAGAAGGGGAGAGGGAUACGGUUGGGGAUCAAGCCUCUCAGGCACAGAAUCGCCGAGCUGUGAACGAGAGGUGGCCAGACAUGAACGCGGCUGGCGGGAGAGAGUCCGGGGAGCCAUUGAGACGAGUUUCGUCGGAACGGUGGGCAGAUACACUGAACCGCGAACCCAAUUUUGAUAGUCGUCGCGACAACAAAUGGAGCAAUCGGUGGGGUCCGGAUGAGAAGGAGAGAGAAUUUCGUGGGAAAUGGGGUGGGGAUGGGAUAGACAAAGAAGGAGGAAAAGAAGUCGUUGAUGGCGGCGGAUACCAUCAACGUCACGUAACGAAUGCUCACAAUAUGAUUAGAGAUGCCGACCGAGAAAGAGAGCGAGAGAGAGAGAGGGAAAGAGAACGCGAGAGGGAACGUGAAAAAGAAAGGGAGAAGGAGCCAGACACGUCUCGCCAUGAUCGAGCUUGGCGUCCUUCAUUUGCAUCCCGAGGAAGAGGUGAAACUCCUCACCUGGGUAGCACCCCUCCUAAGACGGCUCCCGGAUUUAUGACUGGCAGAGGCAGGGGUGAACCUUACGGCGUGGGAUUCACUGUGGGGCGCGGUCGUGGCAAUCUGCAGUCCGGACUUCUGCAUGGGCCUCUGUUAAGUCCGCUCGGUUCUCCAUUUCUUGUAGAUAAAUGGGAUAUCGGAAAAGAGAACGUUUUUAGGUAUCCCCGUGUGAAGCUGUUGGAUAUUCAUAGGAAAUGUGGUAUAUUAUCCUUCCAGAAGUAUCCUGAAGGUUUCACCGAAAUCGCGCAGCUUACUCAGAGCGAUCCCUUGGAGCCCAUGGCCUUUUCCCAACCUGACGCGGAGGAAGAGGCCAUUCUGGAGAGCAUACGCAAGGGUGAAAUCGUGAGCAGUGGUGCUGUGCAUAAUUCGGCGCCAAAAGAGGGUUCGUUGAAUAGAGGAAUGCGGCAGGAUUCGAUCGGCCGGGGUCGGGGAAGGGGGCAAGGUAGAGGUGUAGUGGGCAAAGAGGAUUCCGGGUUCGAUAGUCACAGAGAAGACGACUUUUUCGACCAACCUGGAUUUGGAAGCAGUCGCGGUGAGGAUACAAGUGCUAUGGAGAAGCUGGUAGAGGCACGUUUUGCAGAUGCAGAGGAGUCUUGGGAGUCGCGUGCACGUGCUGACAAUGAUGGUUCGGUUGCAAGGGAGGAAAAUACAUUGAGGCGUGGAAGAGCGGGCGAAGACAUAGAUCCCGCCCGAGAUGAUGGAAAUUGGAGGCGCGACGGUGGUGCCCGUAGUGAUGGUGCUUGGCGGAAGUCGAAAGCAGGUGACGAAGGUCUCGGGCCUACCAAGGAUGAGAAGAUUGAUAGGCUUGAGCGGAUGGGCGAGAGGGACGAGCGCAGUAGUUGGCGACGGAAUGAGCAGGAUGUUUCAAAGAACGAAGUCGGCGUGCCGAUAGAAGGAGAUUUAUUUGCUCACCACAAUUUAGCGAAAACAAGCGGUCGAGAAGGUAUUUCGGGAUUGAAUGGCACAACUGCUCUUGCGUCUAAAGCUGGAAAAUCAGAGGAGCAAGGAUCUGGUGGUCAAAUUAAGAUGCCCAAGGAGAGCUACGAAGCCAGCUCUAAAGCAGCGGGAUUCAACCAGGAAUCGUCCAUCCAUCAAGUAGCCCCCGAGGAUCUUAGCAUACUUUACACGGAUCCUCAAGGAGAAGUACAAGGGCCAUUUUUGGGGGUGGACAUUAUAGGGUGGUUUGAGGCCGGUUUUUUUGGGUUAGACUUGCCCGUACGCCUAAUGGAUGCUCCUGAAGGGACACCGUUUACGGCGCUGGAGAAUAUAAUGCCUCACUUGAAGCCAGCGGUGAAAGUACCACCGGGUUUCACCAGCUCAUUGAAACAGUUGGAGGAAGGUGGGGAGUCGAUUCAUAUGAAAGCUGAAGGUAUUUCAUCAAUCAUCAGCUCUCGACUUCCGGAAUCUUUAUCGGUCGACAACGAGAUGGAGCGCGGGGGAGGCGUUUUGGAGCCAUCUUCGGACAUUGACCUCCUGGGUUUGACGGGUGAUUCAAAGAAAGUGUUUGGCAACGAGUUUCAGGUUGGAUUAAACGGAAAAAUAGCAAGUAGCAAAUCUGAAAUGUUAGUGGACAAAGUUUUUGGAAGAGGCAACACUGAGUUGGGCGUCAAAGCUGAAGAGGCGAACGACCAAUCCCAUUCUAUUCGAAAACGUAUGUCAGCAUUCUCUCGAAUGGACGCAGAGGUGUCGGAAACUGGUAAUGUCGGUUUGCCCAAUCUGUUUCCUAAAAACGAAGGACCUACCUCAUUGCCAGGUCAACCGCUGUUUUCUGCACCUAAGGCGCCCCGGUCACCCUCUAUACAGCCGGAUUUAUCGCCUAUGUUGCAGAAUGGACAUGGUCAUCCAGGGCAAGCAGACCAGCCAUGGACAGACACUCUUUUGCGAAACCUGUCAUUGGACGCAUCAUACUCUCACGUGGGGCUUCCACCUUCUGGAAGCGGCAUAGAUCCCACACACCUAGCACAGCAACUGGAGCAACUGGAAAUUCAGCACUUGCAGAGAAUGGGUUCCUCAGGCUCAGCAUUGCAGAGGCAGCUUUCCGGUGUAUCCCCUUCGCCUCAAUCGUCACGCAUUAAUCUGGAUCAGCUGAUGCGGCCUGAGGGCAUCCCUCCCCGUGAUCAUCAAGGACUGAAUCCAUUACACUCUCAGAUGCCUCCUCAGUCACAUCAAGCACCGGUGCCUAUACCACCGUCAGGUCCCGUGCUGGAGCAGCUGUUACGCAUGCAGCAGCAACAACAACAGCAACAGCAGCUGCCAACGCAGGUACUAAUUGAACAGCUGCUGCGGAACCAGUCUAUGACUCCCCCUGCACACCUUGAACACCUGCAUCGUCACGGCUCAGGACUUGCAGAUCAGCUCUUGCUUGGUCGGCAACCUCAAGACCCACAAUUGCGCGAUGCAUCCGCUCAGCACUUAUCGAGCAGGGAGUUUGAACAGCUUCUUUUAGCCCGACGAAAUCAUUCAAACAGUUCGCCAUUCGAGCAGAUGUUACGUCAGAGGCAGGAGGAACAGCAGCAACAGUUGGUGCAAUUUGGAUUACCAGUGCCCCAGCCACAUCAAAGUUUAGAGGAUAUGCGAGUUUCCGGUGUGUGGGAGGUGGAUGAGUUCGGACAGUUUGUGAAGCGUACACAGUCGCCUGCCCCUAUGCGGCCAUUUGAGGCCUUUCAACAUCAACAUCACCAUCACCACCAUCAGCAGCAGCAGCAGCAGCAACAACAACAACAACACCAUCAAAGGCUACAAAGCCAGCUUAAUUAUCCAGGGCCAAUGCAGCAGGAGCUACAGGAAAUGUUUAGAUUCGAGCAGAAUACGCCUCUGGAGCCAGGGAUGAUAGAGCCGCGGGUGCCGAUGAACCUGUACGAUCCGAAUUUUCUACGCAGAGAGCGGAGUGUUCCUGGCAUACCUGGUAUGGGUGGCAUGGAAGGCGAGUUGGUUGCCCAAAUUCAAGAACAGCAGCAGCGUACGCGAGCGGAACGUCAGAAUAACUUACCAGGAUUUCUGGAUCCUUCGGAGGGUUUAUCGGAUAUGGAACGUUUCCGGCGGGACGCUUUCGACCUUCGACAGGUUCAAGAAAGACAGCAGCAAGUGGAGGCAGCGGCUGCAGCGCGAAGGCUAGAGGGUAUGGAGGGUAGGCCGAAGAGCGGGGAGAGGAGAAUUGCUGGUCAAGUAGAUGCUCCGGGUAACAAUUCCUUGCUGCCUGCGCUGAGAUGGCCCAUCAUCAACAACGAAGGCUCUCAAAAUCAGGAGAUGAUGCAUGAACGAAAUAUGUUUCCUCCAUCUUUGGGAUUGUGGAGUCAAGAGAGCCACGAUUAUACCGGCACUGAGCAACAAUUGCAGGGCGUUUCUCGCAGCGGGACAUUGAUGUCAGAGCAUGUUCCCGUUGCGGCCACACCCAGUGGAGUCGAAACCCCUCGUUCAUCGGUUGCCAGCACUCCACCUGAGGGUUCACACUUGCUGGGGAAUUGGAAUUUGUCUAGUCUCCAUUUGAAUGAAUCUUCAGCAAAUGUCCAAACUACAGACGUUAAAGGCCAGGUAAGAUCAGCUGCUUCACUGACUCAGCUCGGAUGGAAAGCUGCAGCGGUUCCAAAAGCGAAUUCUCUUGCAGAGAUCCAGGAAGAGGAAGCCGCGGUCAAGAAGCCUGGAGAGCAGGUGACAGUUGAGGCAGUAGAUCAGCCUGCGUUCAGUACCGGUGCUGGGUCUGUAGGAUUGGGACUACGGGCUCAACCUUCAGUGUCUCAACCGAAGUAUUUGCGAGAGAUUCAGGAGAAGGAGGCUCAGAACGCUGGGCAGUUGAAAGACGGUUCACCGGCUGUUCAGAAAGUUCCUAUGAGCCGAGUAGUGGAUCCUCCAGCUUGGGGAACAGUGUCUGCUAUCACCGAGAGAGGCAGCUCGUUGUUCGAAGCAGAUGACGAGCGAACAGCUGCGCAGGUUGGCAGGAAGGUCAGCGAGGCGGAGGCCAGCAUCGUGAAGGAGGCAUCUGUGAGUCAAUCUGGUCAAGUAUCGGCGCAGAGCACUACUGGUUUUGAUGACAGCGACUUCAUCGAACCGAAGGAAUCUAAGAAGAACAAGAAGCGGGCGGCCAAAGGAAAGAGCUCCACUCCCGGGAAAACGGCGGGUGGCUUGACGAGCGAGGUGUCGCAGGCGGCGUCUCCACAAAUAUCCAGCAAGAGCACAGUCGUAAGGUCGGUUCAGGUGGAGUCAGUAGAAGAGAACUUACCAGCCCCACCUUCGGGGCUGUUGCUGGCGGAUUUCCUGACUUUGGGAAAUGAACCUGUCGUCAGUACGCAGCCUCUUCCGGCAUGGUCAUCGACACCCGCACGGCUAGCGAAAAUGGGGAAAUCUUUAUCUCUGAAGGAGAUUCAAGAGGCGGAGCAGAGAGCUCGCGAAGAGCAGGAGAGACAGAAUCAGAUGCUUCAAGCAUCACUGACUCAGAAGAACUCUCUCCCUCCGUCAGCGAAACCCAACACUUUGAUGACGAGGAGCGGAAGUGGAGGCGCCGCAUGGCAGCGUCCAGGAGUGCUGAACUCUUCUGCUCCAGUGGUGGCAAGUGGGCAACAUUCAAAGGUCCCAGCAAGCAGUGGUAGCGGCAAUUCUCGAUCGAAGGUUGGCGUGUUUGAAGAUGACGACGACUUGUUUUGGGAUUACGGCCAGGACGCGAAGCUGAGCACCGGACCUGUGAAACAGAUAACAAAAUCUGAACCGUUGGAUUUUCCAUCGCUGUUGUCUGGACAAGGACAAGGACAGGCGAACAAAGUCAUAGUCUCGAAACCCGCAGCAGCGACAGCAGCAGCUCCGGCGUUUCGUCAGGUGGCAAUUGCGAGAACGAGUCCGACGGAUUUUCCGUCUUUGAGUGCGACGGCAGUAUCUGUGAAAUCUGCUCCAACGAAGGGGAAGAAGCAAGCAAGUUACAAAGUGACAGGGCCACAAGUGAGUGCCGAAGUGAAGGCAUUGAGACAGUGGUGCGAGAAUCAAUUAAAGAAGCUGAGCUUGAACGAAGAUGUAACAAACUUGGACUUUUCUAUAGUAGAUUUCUGCAUAUCACUGCCUUCGGUCAGCGAGGCGAGUGAUUACCUUUCACAGUACCUGGGAACUCUACCAGGAGUGACGCAGCAGCACAUCCAGUCAUUCAAGAAGGAGUUUGUCCGUCGCAAAGAGCAAUUGCCAUCGGACGGCAAUGUGUCUUCGAGCGACCGCGAAGAUACGGAUGCUUUUUUCAGUUCAAAUGGUAAGAAGGUAGAUCGGAGCAAAUCCGGAACCAUGGACAUGGCUCGUUUGUUGAAGGAAGACACAGGAUCAGGUGAGUUGGAGAGCACCGCAAGUCCAGGGAGUGGAAAGAAAAAGAACAAGAAAGGUAAGAAAGUGGUGGAUCCAUCGUUGCUGGGAUUCAGCGUGACGAGUAACCGCAUCAUGAUGGGGGAGAUUCACCACCUUGAUGACUAGGUUAUGAGUUGUGGAGUGGGGAGAGGGAAAGUGUUGUGGGCGAUGGGGAUAUCCCCGCACAUUGAAGAUUGAUCAGAAGGGCGGGAUGGUAGUGAAGUGAACCUGUAUGCGAAAUGGGGUUCAUUUGCGGAUCUUUGAAGUAGGCAGAUAAUAGGGAUUUAGAGCGAGGAGAGAGCGUCAAUGGUUUAGCCAUUUGACUGGAUUAUUUAUAUAUAGAGAUUGGGCGUUUCGGCGGUGUCGUGGAGAGGAUAAGUGGGCCUUUUUCUCAACUCCUGACGGUGAAGGGCGCUCGGCCAGUUGACAAAUGAGGUCAAUAUAAGUGGCGGAACAGCAGGUCUGUCACGCGGUGGUUAGGAAGGUGAGGUGCGAUUUGUUAGCUUUCUGUAGCUUGUAGGGCCUCGGAACUGCCUAUUUUUAAGAGCAGAAGAGUAGCAAUUGGACAUGAAAAGAGCAUGUAAAUUUGGAGUUUGUAGUGACCCCGUGACGAGGGUGGGAAAGGUUAUUUCAUUUUUUGCACUAGAAGCAUGUAAUGUAAUUGACUGGACACAUGUGUCUGUUAUGGAGUAUUCAAGGAGGUGCUUUUGUAUUCGGUGCACUAUCCGAGAUAAAACUUUUGUCCUGUAUGUUGUGCAGGAUGUUUUGAGGAA